UAGUUCUAUUCUCUUAUGUGGCAUAUUGAUUGUGAAAUCUGCAGGUUAAUUUAUUCGGAUUCGGGUGUGAGUGCUGCUUUGCUGAAAGUUCUUUUACUAGACAAUUCUUGUUCAAAUCAGCUCGUGUUCAUGAUAGGGACAAUGAUGGAGGCUGUUGGGAAUGGAAUACCAGCAGGAGACAAACUCGUAUUGAGGGGCUUGAAAUUUCAUGGUUACCAUGGGGUAAAGCCUGAAGAAAAAACACUGGGUCAGAAGUUUGUGAUUGAUGUAGAUGCCUGGAUGGAUCUUCGGAAGGCUGGUAAAUCUGACGACUUAUCCGAUACCCUUAGUUACACUGCUAUUUACCGCAUAGUGAAGGAAGUAGUGGAAGGACAAUCUCAGAAUCUUCUGGAAUCAGUGGCUCAAAUGAUUGCAUCAAAAAUCUUCACAAAUCAUCCUCAGAUAUCUGCUGUUCGUGUUCAAGUUAAGAAGCCUCAUGUUGCUGUUCCGGGUUCUCUCGACUACCUUGGAGUUGAGAUUAUCAGAUAUAGGAGCAUUGAUGCUCCUAACUGAUCUUCGACAUAUAUGUAUGUAUGAAUGCUUCAUCCUUUGAAAACUCGUAUGCCGUUGGGAAUGGAUCAACUUCAUCUAUGCCUGGUAUUGCCUGGCCGGUUUUAGUUGUUUUUCAUGUGUUUUAUGUAUUUGUGUGGUGGAAUAAGUCCAAGUUGCCAACUCUAUCAUUUUGUCUAAUCAAAUCUUAUUCAAAUUA